AUGAAGAUUCAGAGCUUCUCAACAGCGCUUCUGCUGCUCCAAGGAGCUCGCGCAGAUGCAGCGUCCAGCGGCCAAAAGGGAAUUGAAUGGGGUGACUGUACCGAGUUCAACAGCACCGAGCCCAUUCAGUGCGCGAACUUGACGGUGCUUCUCGACUACACCUCGCCCAACUCAAGCAAGACACUGGACUUACAACUUCUCCGCAUCCCUGCCACUCGGCAGCCCUCAAAGGGCAGCAUCUUGUUCAACUUUGGCGGUCCUAGUGUAGCUGGACGACCUACCAUGGCUAGAGCUGGAGGGGUUUUCAGGAAUGCUACCAGCGAGUAUCAUGACCUCGUCACGUUUGACCCACGCUGUUUCGAGGACCAAGAUGAGUUAACCGCCCACCUCCUCCGCAGCCCUAAAGCCUGGGCCAUCAUGACUUGGCCGAACUUCUGGUCCAACUCCUCAGACGUGACUCCAGGUAGGCUCUGGGCCUCCACGAAGCUCCUUGCCGACAAGUGCUACGAGAAGAACAAGGAGAUCGGCGGCGUGUAUGGCACCGCGUUUGUGGCCAGGGACAUGAUGCAGAUUGUGGAUGCCCUAGGCGAAGAUGGCCUGUUGAGAUAUUGGGGUGGCUCGUAUGGGACUCUCUUGGGCCAGACGGCGGCUGCCAUGUUCCCCGACAGGAUCGACAGGAUGGUCCUAGACGGAAAUCUCAACGGCCAUGAAUACUACAACGCCUGGGAUGACGAGCAAUGGGCGAGCUCCGACAAAGCCUUCAGCGCCGUCUUCCAAUCAUGCGUCGCAAGUCCGUCCACCUGCCCCUUGGCCCACCGGAACCAGACCGCCCAGGAGCUCGAAGACGCAACUUAUGCCCUCAUCAACGACCUCAACUCCCGCCCCGUUCCUUUCAACGGCACUCUGAUCGACUACAACGUCGUCAAGGCCGGCAUCAUGUCCGCUUUGUAUAGCCCGUCCUAUUGGCCCAUUCUCACAAAUGGUCUGGACGCGCUGAUGUCCGGAAACUACACUCUCUUCGCAGAGACGUGGGCUAAGUUAACGUCGUCAUAUGAAGGCAUCGGCGCAAGCUCCGAUGCGCAGCUAGAAAUCAGGUGUGGCGAUAAGAUUGCGCGGGUAGACACGCUUGACGAGUUUCUCCCCAUAAUGGACAGACUGGGACGCAGCAGCAAGAUCUUUGGCGACGUCCAGGUUAUCUUGGAGAUGACAUGCGCUCAGUGGAGGCUGAAUGCAAAGGAGCGAUAUGCCGGGGACUUUGCCGUGAAGACAAGGCACCCGGUGAUGUUCAUUGGGAACACGGCUGAUGCGUUUACGCCGCUUGUUUCGGCGAAGAACAUGAGCGAUGCCUUCGAGGGAAGCAGGGUGCUGCAUGUUGACGGAUAUGGGCAUGGUUCUGUCGGAAUAUCGAGGUGUGCGGCGCUGGCUACGGCCGACUACUACGUGAAUGGGACAUUGCCCAAGGAGGAUGCAUUUUGUGAACUGGAUGUUCCCAUCCUGUAG